GCUGUAUAGUGAAGAAAUUAAAGUGUUUAGGGAAAAAAAAGAAGGUCAGAAUCCGAGGCGAUUUCGAGGAUCGCUUUCUACUAGAAAUUGCUGUUCCGUUUCGGAACCCAACAGUGACCUGUAUCCGUAAAGAUUAAAGGAAAGGGGACUUUGCAGUUUCUUAUCCCUUUCUUUUUUAUAUGCCUUAGAAAGGCUUGCUUGCCUUUAGCAUGCUACUUGGAUAAAAGGGGAGGAGCGCCUAAGAGACACUGUUUAUUGUAAUUAAUAAAAGCAAAUGCAGGACACAAAGAAGAAGCUCACCACUGAAGAUUCCAAGAAGAAGGAACGGCACAUCGUUUCCUGGACUCAACAGGAGGAUGAUAUUCUCCGAGAGCAGAUUAAUCAACAUGGAACAGAGAAUUGGGCAAUCAUUGCGUCAAAAUUCAAGGAUAAAACAACAAGACAGUGCAGAAGAAGAUGGUACACAUACUUGAAUUCUGAUUUUAAGAAAGGGGGUUGGUCUCCGGAAGAGGAUUUGCUUCUAUGCGAGGCGCAGAAGAUAUUUGGGAAUAGAUGGACAGAGAUAGCAAAGGUGGUGUCAGGCAGAACGGACAAUGCAGUGAAGAAUCGGUUUACGACACUGUGUAAAAAGAGAGCCAAAUAUGAAGCAUUAGCUAAAGAGAACUCAAGUUCCUUCAUCAAUCACAACAACAAAAGGGUCCUAGUACAGAAGGGGAGUGAUAAUGUUUCAUCAGAAACUCCUCAGCUGGUUAAGAGGAUAAGGAGAGCACACAUAUCUGAUACAACAGAAGGUUGCUCACUCGAGGAUGAAUCAGAAAACCGACCGAGAGCUCCAUUUGCGGUACUGGUUGAUAAUGUCCACAGUGUCGAUAAUUUGCCAGCUCAACUUCCCAUGAACAAUGCCCAGGAGGGUCUAAAUACUACUCAAGGUAACAAGAGUCAAGGAUCCUUUAUCAAGAAGGAUGAUCCAAAGGUAGCUGCUUUAACACAACAAGCAGAACUACUCAGUUCACUCGCAUUGACGGUCAACUCGGAGAAUACAGACCAGAGUCUUGAAAAUGCUUGGAAGAUUCUCCAAGAUUUCCUCCGUCGAAGCAAAGAAAAUGACAUACCCAAAUAUGCAACUCCGGAUAUCGACUUUCAAGUGGAAGAUAUUAAAGGUUUAGUGGAGGAUUUAAGGAGUAGCAAUGAUGGUAGCCAAUGGAGACAACCCAAUCUCCACGAGUCUCCUGGCAGUUCAGAAUACAGUACUGGAUCAACAAUAGUAUCCCAAGCAGUUGAGGAAAAAAUAGAUCAAAGCCGACCUGAGAUAGGGACUCAUCAUCAAGAGGCUCAAAAUAAUAUUGGUGAAUCUGAGAAAGAAAUACUUCUGAAGACAACGCUAGAGCGAGAGGCUUUCAAAUGUUGCAAUGAACGAAAAAAGGAUUCCAUUACCUCUUCCUUUUCAAGCUCAGAAUUCAGUUCCCCCAUGCAUGUAAUUCCAAUUUUUAGAUCCUUGGCAGCUGGAAUACCUAGCCCACAGUUCUCUGAGAGUGAAAGGAGUUUUCUUCUUAAAACACUGGGAGUGGAGUCACCUUCCCUUAACCCUAGUGUUAAUCAUUCACAACCACCACCCUGCAAAAGAGCCCUUCUCCAAAGUCUAUAAAACCUCUCUAAUUAGUCUUUUCCUUUGAAUUAAGUUCCAUUGGUUUGCAGCCAUUCCGGCCUAGAAUUUUUCAUAGUGGCAUGUUGAUAUCUGCAUUCCAUGACUCGUGUCUAGAAUACUAUGGAGGAUUCAGACACAUCGGAACACAUAUAACCGCGUGUUCCACAUUCUUUUUUUCUUUUCUCUCCCUAGGUGGGGUUUCUCUAAUAGUAACAUCCAAACCAGUGUGCUUGGUGUAUCAUUUUUUUCUUCUUUCCAGUUCUUUGCAAUGUGAUUUUGGUGUCCCAGUUUUUGUA